AUGGAUACAAUAGAUUUCGACAUCAACGACGCUCUUAAGCAUUAUAUGAGCGACCCCGCGACUGUUGCGACACCAGAGGCACAUUCCAACCUAAUCGAUUGCGAAAACGACCCCGAAUCUCUUACAAACGCCUUGGUCAACAGUGUACUUAAUCCUAUCGUGGAUUCUAUUGCAGAGAAUCCGGAUGCUAUAACAAGAAGUUCUUCGUUCGAUUCCUUGCAAUUUUUGCUAAAGUGUGUACCAAUUUGUCUUCAAUCUACUCAAAAUUACCCCACCGAACCAGAUUCUGAACUCUUCAAACUCUCUAGAUCCUCUUCCGCCUUACCUACACAUGCUCUGAGCAAGAUAUUUGACCUCAUCAUCUCCGGCCUUUCUGCCGAAGCAGAUAUCAUCCAUAAUGAUCUCGAAACGGACGAACAAGAAUUAGUCGCUCAUCAUAAACAUUUAUUGGAGAUAUUUGGGUUCCUUCUACAAUGGACAAUCGCAGCAGUGGAAACCAAAGCGGCCGAGAAGUCGACGUCUGCCCCGGUGGCUCGUGGAAGAGGCAAGGUCUCAAAGGCUAAAGCAAGUGCAAAAACCGAGAAUUGGGAUUCAUCUGCUCAAUUACAAACAGCACUUGACACUAUGUGCAAAGUCUUGAAGUUAAAACUUUCAAAGAUAUUUCUAACAACAUCGGAGAGGGAUACGUUCAUUAGUCUCUUUACGAGACCUGUGUAUAUGGUAUUAGAAAGUGAACAAAGAGUUAAGAACACAGCAAUUCGGAUGCACGCUUUCAAGGUGCUCUGUAUCGCUGUAAAGCAUCAUGGUCACGGUUAUGCUGCACAGAUCUCUAUUGUGCAGAACUUAACCUAUUUUGAACAUUUGGCUGAACCUAUGGCCGAGUUUCUACAUAUCCUAUCGGAGCAAUAUGAUUAUCCCCAGCUAUCGGACGAGAUCAUUCGGGAACUUAGUAACAAAGAAUUUAACAGCAACGAUACCAAAGGACCAAAGUCAGUUUCAUCAUUCAUUGUCAAGCUUUCGGAGCUUGCUCCUAGACUUGUCAUGAAGCAAAUGACUUUGCUGGCAAAACAAUUGGAUAGCGAGAAUUACGCUGUACGAUGUGCUCUUAUCGAAAUCUGUGGAAAUCUCGUUGCAGACCUAAGCAAACAAGAAGAACGUGGUGACAACUACAAAUCGCAACUAAACGCAUUUUUCGACGUACUGGAAGAACGCUUCUUGGAUAUCAACCCUUACUGCCGAUGUCGAACGAUUCAAGUAUACAUCAAGCUCUGUGAACUCGAACAAAAGUUUCCAAAACGCCGACAGAGAGCCGCCGAAUUAGCAGCCAGAAGCUUGGAGGAUAAGAGCAGUAACGUCCGUCGGAAUGCCGUCAAACUUUUGGGAACCUUGAUUAAAACCCAUCCAUUUAGUCUCAUGCACGGGUCACAGUUAAAUUUCAAGGAGUGGAAUUCUCGACUGGAAGCCGUUGAUGCCGAGCUGAAUGCACUUAAAACUCCAGCAGAAGCGGCUGUUCUGGCUGAUAAUACCAGAGCUGAAGCUAAUACGGUACUACUGGAUGAUGCAACAGUCCUGGAAUCAGAUUCUCCCAAGAAGGCUCAGGCACCUUUUAGCGACGAAGAAAAGAUAGCGGCAAUGAGGAAGGCACAAGAAGAAGCUGCUACUUCAGAGGCUAUCAAUAAGUUAACCCUGACCAGACGAUACUACGUUGAGGCUCUCAAAUUCAUCGAAGUAUUGCAUGGAGCUACUACUAUCAUUUGCCAACUUCUUGGAUCCAAGAACAAGAGCGAAGUUAUUGAGGCCAUGGACUACUUCGAAAUUGGUGAUGCUUACAACAUUGAGCAAAACAAGCUUGGUAUCAGAAGAAUGUUACGUCUCAUCUGGACCAAGGGCAACAGCGAUGAAGGAAAGGGUGUUCAGAAUCAUCUUAUUGAUUGCUAUAAGCGCCUCUUUUUCGAGGCCCCUGAUACGUACAGCGGAAACGAUGCUGCGAACUACAUUGCACGUAACAUGAUCAGUUUGACAUUCGGUGCUACACCAGCUGAGUUGACUUCUCUCGAACAACUAUUAAGCACCAUGAUGAAGGCAAACCAUAUUUCGGAUCUUGUCAUCACAAAGCUUUGGCAAGUGUAUGGAGUCCAGAAGAGAGAGAUCUCGAAGAGUCAGAGACGAGGUUCAAUCAUUGUUUUGGGUAUGCUUGCUACCGCAAAGCCUGAUAUUGUGGUUGAAGAAAUGGAGACCAUGUUGCGAAUCGGUUUGGGUAGUCUUGGUAGAUCGGAUUUACAAUUGGCCAAAUACACUUGCCUGACACUUAGACGUAUUCAUCCUACUGGACGGCAAGCGACAGUGCAAACUUCGAAGCUUAGCAAUGAUCAUGCCGUUCUUGGAAAGUUGGCUGCUAUCAUCGAAGUCGAAUCUGACAAUAAAGAGUGGUAUGGUGUUGCUGAGCAGGCGAUCAGCGCCAUUUACGCUCUUUCGAAACACCCAGAUAAUCUUUGCUCGGAGAUUCUUCGAAGAAAGACAAAGCAUGUGUUCCAGCGACGAGCCAUGCCACCCCCUCAACCGAAACUAGAUGAAGAUAACGAUGCAGACAUGAUGGAUGUGGAUAUGAUGGAUGUGGAUAUGAUGGAUGUAGACGCUGAAGAACAGGGACAAGAAGUGAAGGAGGCGUCACCAGAAGAAACCGAAACGCUACCGCCACCGCAGAGCAAGCAGAAGGGCUCUGUUGCUUUAUCUCAACUAUUAUUUAUCGUGGGACAUGUUGCUAUCAAGCAGAUUGUACAUUUAGAGCUGUGCGAAAUGGACUUCAAGAGGCGGAAGGCAGACGCUGAAAAGAACAAGACAACCGAAACACCGGCUGACAAAGCCGCGAAGGAAGCCGCUGAUGAUUUAGAUAUGAUAGGAGGAACAACAGAAGAUGACUUCACGGACGCAAUGGCACACAUUAGAGAACGUGAGCUGUUAUACGGACAAAAUUCUCUGCUGGCAAACUUUGGACCACUUGUGGCUGAAAUCUGUUCCAACAACACAACAUACAAGGAUCGCAACCUUCAAGCAACUGCUACUCUUUGCUUGGCAAAGCUCAUGUGCGUCAGUUCCGAAUAUUGCGAAACGAAUCUCCCGCUUCUCAUCACCAUUAUGGAGCGAUCAAAAGAUCCAAUUAUUCGUUCGAAUGUGGUUAUCGCUCUUGGUGAUAUGGCUGUUUGCUUCAAUCAUCUCAUCGAUGAGAACACCGAUUUCCUUUACAGAAGAUUGAACGACAAGGAUGCGAGUGUGAAGAGGACUUGCUUGAUGACUCUUACUUUCCUCAUUCUUGCUGGUCAAGUGAAGGUUAAGGGUCAACUAGGAGAGAUGGCCAAAUGUCUCGAGGACGAUGACAAACGUAUCGCAGAUUUGAGCAGAAUGUUCUUUACUGAAUUGAGUACAAAAGAUAACGCUGUUUACAAUCACUUUGUUGAUAUGUUUAGUCUAUUGAGUGCUGAGAAGGAUCUUGAGGAGGAUGCUCUGAGGAGGAUCAUCAAAUUCUUAGCUGGAUUUAUCGAAAAGGAUAAACAUGCCCGCCAACUUGCAGAUAAAUUAGCAGCUCGGUUAGCCAGAUGCGAAAGCGAAAGGCAAUGGAAUGAUGUGACGUAUGCUUUGAGUUUGUUACAGCACAAGAACGAAGAGAUUACCAAGUUGGUACAAGGAGGGUUUAGGGUCGUGCAGGCUAGUGCUUGA